GGAAGAGGACAAAAGUGGAACUUAAUGCCUAACAAAAGCCACUCACAUAGAAGGUUUGAGAAGAGAACAAUUCUGGUUAAGAGAAGAAGGCAUCAGGGUCAGUGACGUGAAGACAAAAAUUAACCUGUUACAUACUGAAGGCUAAGGGACUCCGUUCACCCGGAAAGGACCAAGGUCACGGGAACUGCCCGCAUAUGCCGGGUUCCCGCCCGACUCCACGCUGCGCCCUAACACCUGCGUCCCUAACAUCUGCAGGCACUCCGAAGGGUGGACGCCAGGAGUUUGCGCCGCCCUGCCUCGGGCCGGGCUCCAACGCGGUAGAAACCAGGCGCCGCGGGCCCGCCGGGGUCCUUCCACCAGAGGCCAGCGCGGCCCCCCAGCCAGCCUUCCCCAGGUGCCAGCCCAGGGAGGCCGAGACGCCCUCCCCCACUCUUCCUCCCCACUUCCCGAAGGAGGAGGAGUUCGAGCGCGACGUCCCCAAGGACCUGGGGCCCCUGCAGUUCGUGAAGCUGCGCAAACACCACUCGCUGGUGGACGACGCUUGGUUCUGCGACUGCAUCACCGUGCGCGGCCCCGGAGCCUGCGAGGAGGCCACCUUCUUUCCCUGCUACCGCUGGGUGCAAGGCCAGGACGUGCUGAGCCUGCCCGAGGGCACCGCGCGCCUGGCAGGAGACAAUGCCUUGGACGUGUUCCAGAAGCAUCGGGAGAAAGAGCUGAAGGAGAGACGAAGACUGUACUGCUGGGCCACCUGGAAGGAAGGGUUACCCCGGACGAUAGCGGCAGAACGCCAGGACGACCUGCCUCCAAACUCGAGGUUCCAUGAGGAAAAGAGGCUGGACUUCGAGUGGGCGCUGAAGGCAGGGGCUCUGGAGACGGUCCUCAAGCGCGUUUACACCCUCCUGAGCUCCUGGAGCCGCCUGGAGGAUUUUGACCAGAUCUUCUGGGGCCAGAAGAGCGACCUGGCUGAGAGAGUUCACCACUGCUGGCGGGACGAUGAACUUUUCGGCUACCAGUUCCUCAACGGCGCCAACCCCAUGGUGCUGAGACGCUCCGCCUCCCUGCCCUCCCGGCUGGUGCUGCCCUCGGGGACCGAGGCGCUGGGGGCCCAGCUGGAGAGAGAACUCCAGAGCGGUUCCCUGUUUGAGGCUGACUUCAGCCUGCUGGACGGAAUCCCGGCCAACGUGAUCCGAGGAGAGAAGCAGUACCUGGCCGCCCCCCUCGUCAUGCUCCAGAUGCGGCCCGAGGGGAAGCUGCUGCCCGUGGUCAUCCAGAUCCAGCCCCCCAGCCCCAGCUGCCCCGCGCCCCCGCUGUUCCUGCCCUCGGAUCCCCCGCUCGCCUGGCUCCUGGCAAAGAUCUGGGUCCGCAAUUCCGAUUUCCAGCUGCACCAGCUCCAGUAUCAUCUGCUCAACACUCACCUGGUGGCCGAGGUCAUCGCCGUGGCCACCAUGAGGUGCCUCCCAGGGCUGCACCCCGUCUUCAAGCUCCUGAUCCCGCACAUCCGCUAUACCUUGGAAAUCAACACCCGGGCCAGAUCCCAGCUCAUCUCGGAAGGAGGAAUAUUUGAUAAGGCGGUGAGCACUGGCGGAGGGGGCCACGUGCACUUGCUCCGUCGGGCCAUGGCCCAGCUGACCUACAGCUCCCUCUGUCCUCCUGACGACCUGGCUGCGCGGGGCCUGCUGGGAAUCCCAAGUGCCCUCUACGCCCACGACGCCCUACGGCUCUGGGAGAUCAUUGCCCGCGUUUGGAAAGAGCUAGGGAACGUCCCCCAAGACAACGCCGGUGAGACCUGUCCCCACAAACAGUACGUGCAGGGCAUCGUCCGCCUUUUCUACCACAGGGACGACGUCGUGAGAGGGGACCCUGAGCUGCAGGCCUGGUGCCGGGAGAUCACCGAGGUGGGGCUGUGCCAGGCCCAGGACCGAGCACGGGGGCCCGAGAAGACCAGGACCACAGCCAGGGAGGGACGUGCCCGGGUCCCGCUGGGGCUCCCGUGCUCCCCUCGUGGUUAUUUUCCUACAUGCGACACAAACGGGGUUUCCCUGCCUCCUUCCAGUCCCAGAGUCAGCUCUGUCAUUUCCUUACGAUGUGCGUCUUCACUUGCACUGCCCAGCACGGGGCCAUCAACCAGGGCCAGGUAUGACAGCCGGCAGCCCGGGUCCCCGAAGCUGGACUGGUACGCCUGGGUCCCUAACGCCCCGUGCACCAUGCGGAUGCCCCCACCCACGACCAAGGAAGACGUGAAAAUGGCCACAGUGAUGGGCUCACUACCUGACAUCCGACAGGCCUGUCUUCAAAUGACCAUCACGUGGCACCUGGGUCGCCGCCAGCCAGACAUGGUACCUCUGGGGCACCACAAAGAAAAGUAUUUCUCAAGCCCCAAGGCCAAGGCUGUACUAAGCCAAUUCCAAACAGAUCUGGAAAACUUAGAAAGAGAGAUCACAGCCCGGAAUGCACAAGUGGACCUGCCCUACGACUACCUGAGGCCCAGCCGCAUAGAGAACAGUGUUACCAUCUGAGCUCUAGGGCGCCCCCGCCUGGAGGCCUUCAGAUCCGCGCUAGUGCCGAUGCUUCAUCUGGAAUUUCCAGGAGUCCAGUCUCUGCUGCUAAAGCUCUACUCUCUCCCCCCAACUAAAGCCCCCAAGUCAGUAUCCCACCAGUCCGGGGGGGCUGCAAACCUUCUCUGUAAAGGGCCAGCAAUAAAUGUCUCAGGCUUUGCAGGCCACGCGGUCUCUGUCACAACCACUUAACGGUCCCGAAAGGGCACAAAAGCAGCCACAGACGAUAGGUCACUGGAAUGAGGUGUCACUGUGCUCCUGUAAAACUGUACUUAUGAGCCGUGAAAUAUGAACUUCAAAGUGUCACAAAACGGUCUUCUUCUUUUGGCUUAGUCAACCGUUUAGAAAUGCAAGAAAACCUGGUGUUUUGCUGGAUGGACCCGCACAGACUGUGGGCUCGAUUUAACCCGCAGUGGGGGGACCUGCCUGGGGCUGCUCUGCACUAGCCUGAGGCACCGCCCCGACUCUGCAAAAACGGUUCCAGAGAACCUCUCGGAGGUUUCUUGGAUAAAUCAACUACCUCAACUAAUUCUCCUUUCCCGGGAGCUAGACUUCCUGUGGAGUGGCCAACUUAAAUCUUCCUGCCUCUGUUUUCUGACAACGUCCCCUCCACCCUGUUCCCCCUAUUUGCACACCUACCCCAAAGGCCCUUGAGUAACAAUGAUGCUCCUGGGCAAAAUAAACACCCGCGUGCCUUGAUGGCUUUCCCCCCCCCCACCACCACCACCACCUCCGCCAGUCUCAAGCACGGGAGGCAUGAAAUUCAUGUCCCAAGGCCACUUUCCCAGCUCCUUUGGUAUCCCAGGGUCUGUGUUUCCCAGGAUUCAAGUUCUUUCUCACAACCUGUUUCAGAAUGAUAUGCAUUAAAUAAAUGGGGGGAAAAGUACCACAAAGUUGUUCUAAUCACGGACACAGUGUUUCUUCGCGUUUGG